AAUAAAAUGAAAGUAUUAUUGGUAGCAAUGUAUAGUGCUAUUUCAAAUUUCGUGAAUAAAAAUAACUGAUAAUAGAAUUUUAUAUUUAUAAAUAUUUAAUUGAAUAUUUUAUUAAAAAUAUUAAUGCAAACAUAAUAAUGAAUGAUAUAAUAAUAUUUAAAGAAAAGUAUAUAAAUAUUACGGAUUCACAAAUAAAAGAUUUAUUGCAAAAUCAGAUUCAGUUAAUCAAUCAUGUUAAGAAUAAGCAAAAUCAAGAUUACAAUGAAGAUGAAAUAAAAAUCAAAGAUUUAACAUUAAAAAUAACCUCUAUGCGAGAGAGUCUUCAAUCCAAAAAACAAACGUUAGAAUAUAAAAAUAAUCUUUUAUCUAAACAUUUAGACCAUGUGACAGAGAUAAAAGAAGAAAAAGAUAAAUUUUUGAAAGAAUAUCAGCUAUUAGAAUUGCAAAGAAAUAAACUCAAAACAUGUAAACGAAAUUUACAAGAUCAAGAAUUAUUAGAUAAAGGGAGAAGAAAAUUUUUAUUGUAUAAAGUAUUAACAGGAAUACGAUGGGAUUAUGAAAAACUUAAAGAAACUAUUACAGGAUAUGUGUUACAUAAAAAUUAUAUUCAUCAUUUUUCUUAUAUAAAUGAAGAAAAUACAAAAGAUAUAAAUGAUCUUUUAUGGCAAGAAAUAUAUCAAUCUAUACUUCAAAAAGAAAAUAAUGAAAUAUAUGAUAAAGAAAAUAUUGUAGAAAAUAAAGAACUAUAA